GGUUCUUUGUGUUUCAACAAGGUCAUGGACGUCGAGUUGUCAACAGCAUUUUGCCCGCUACAACAUCUGUAGAUUUAUAGAUAGCUGAUCAGCAUAGAUCAAAAAUUUUCAGUAUGAGUGAAGACACAGAUGUUGGCAUAUCCCCUGUGUUGCUACAGGCAGUGACAGAAAAGCUAGCCACAUCUACAAACCACCACAUAAACCACACAGACACCGUCAUAACAACAGCAGCAGGCAACCUGUCCUCAGACCCAGGGGGCGGAUACAUGGUGGCUUCCUCAGACCUCCUGGAGACAGCCAGCCACGAGGUGGGAGUCGAAGGCGGAGUUCAGGAGCAAAUAGUAGAGGAGGGAGGCCACGAAGACGGGAUACAUGAACGUGUGGUGUACCUCGAUCACGGCCCAGAGGGACAGGAGGAGGUGAUCGUGAUGGACAGGCAUGAGAACAAUGGGGUUGAUGAGGUCGCGGAGCAAGUGGUCGAGACGCAAGACGGUGACAAUCAGACCAGGAUUGUGUUGGAACAAAAGAGUGGACAGAGACUGGUGAUCAGAGUGGAACCUAAUGGUGACAGUGGCGACACCCAGGCAGGGGUGGCCAGGCAACAGAUUAUUAACGUUCAGGGGGAUUUUGAUGUUGGUAAAGUUCUGGCAGCUAUUGCAAACCACCAUGCUAAGAGUCAAGGCGAGAGUGAAAACCAGGCCGAGGCGCCGAUUAUACUGAUAGCCAACUCCCAGGAGGAACAACAGCUGUCCGGGGGUGACAUUCCUGUGGCCACCACGGAGACGAUAGUUGACAUGGCAGGUUAUGAAGAUGGGUCGAGGAAGAGAGCAAUGUAUACAAUUAACCAGGAUGGAACUCCUAGCAAAAUGAGAAUCAUUGAAUUGUCCAACGUGGCCUCCCAUAUCAUUAACAGUUCAUCCCCUGCUACAGCUCAGUCCCCGCAGCAAUCCACAAUGGCAGCUAUGUUAGAGAAAUAUGCAGACAAAGGACCAUGUCCUAUUUGCGGGGACAGAGUUUCAGGGUUCCACUACGGUAUUUAUACAUGUGAAAGUUGCAAAGGUUUCUUCAAGAGGACGGUGCAGAACAAGAAGGAUUUUUCUUGUCAUCGGAAUGGGGACUGCGAUGUCAAUGUGAUGAACAGAAAAAAGUGUCCGUCUUGCAGGUUUAAGAAAUGUCUGGAGGGCGGCAUGAGGCUGGAAGCCAUACGAGUAGAUCGUACCAGAGGAGGCAGAAGCUCGUACAGUUCACCCGGAAGUCUCACUUCAUCACCGUCAAAUCUUCAACUGACGCCUUUACGGACGCCCCCCAAUGCACAAACAGCCAGUGCCAACCCGAGCUUGGUGGCCAUCUUAAAUCGUCCCUUGGGCUCCACUCUCAAGUCUCCCAGUGCUGUGGUCCCCGUGCUCCCCUCCAUAGUGACUGAGAUCAUGAAUGUGGAGUCCCUACUGUCUGACGAGGAACCUGUGGCCGCGUGUUGUCAGGAUAGGAUGACUGCCUCAGACAGAGACCAGUACAACUCCCUACUUCACCUAGCUGACCACAGGUUGUAUAAAAUAGUGCGAUGGGCAAGGAAUCUCCCCGAUUUUGCUGGAAUAGAGACCGAUGAUCAGAUCUUGAUGCUACAGAAUGCAUGGUCGGAGCUGCUCCUGGUGGGCUGCUGCUGGCGGUCCAUUGGCGUUCAGAACCAGCUUCUGUUGUCCAACGGCAAGCUGAUGACCCUAGAGAUGGCGCGGGCCAUUGAAGUAGAGGAGACGUUUACACGUCUUUUGAACUUAACUCAGCACCUGCGCAGGUUAAAAGUGGAUAAGCAUGAGUAUGCCUGCUUCAAGGUGCUAGUGUUAAUAUCUCCAGAUAUUGAUGGUUUGAAGAAUCCAACCAGCAUCCGUGAAUAUCAAGACCACAUCAACGAGGCUCUCCUCACUUACACCUCUACACACUUCCCAGAAAUGCCAACGAAAUUUGGCGAACUUCUUCUGCGCAUUGGAGAGCUCACGCAGACUGCAGUCAUAGCCAAAGAACAACUGGUCAGGAAGCACAUGGCAGGAACAAUCCCAACAUUCAGUCUGUUAACGGAACUUAUCAAAGGAGAUAGCAUCCUCUCAGCAGCUUCUCAACUCUAAAAUGGCCAUUCUUGAUGCCAGACCAUUGUUCGGCUGGAUCCAAACUGGUAUAUGUAUAGUAAUAUUAAACUAUUGGUUGAAUAUUGAUUUAUUUUAAAAGAUGUUGACUUAAAUUUCACCAUUAAUAUUCCUUUUUACAUUGAUUCAAUGCUAAAAUUAGAAUUAAUUGAGAAUGUUUAGCUGGUUAUCUAGACUUCAACCAUGUCUUCCUUAGUCUAUCUUGAACAUGGCUAAAAAUGACCUUUAAAUAACCAUUGUUAUGACACAUCUUUGAAUAUUACAGAGGACAUUUCACAUCUUAUUUAUUCUUUGUUUUAAUUCAUUUGCUUUAAUAUGGGGACCAAAUUCACCUUUUCUGUAAAUACAUGAUUGUGGAAAUUAUUUUAAAAAGGAAUCCUAAGUGUUUUUAUGUCUGUUUCUAAAUUUUUCUUGGGAGCAAAUUCCUUAGAAACAUUUGAAUGGUGUUGUCUACGUGGCUUGAAAUGGUGACGUCAGAGUCCAGUGAAUCUCAAAUUGUACAGUCUGCUAGGCAAUGGAAAUAGCAGAGAAGUACCCAUUCAUUUUCGUGACUGAAAUAAUUUAUAAUUUAGUCCUCUAUGAAAUUGCAUACUGAAGAUUUUUUCUAGAAUGACAGUGAAUUUACACAUAAGUUUUAUUGAAAGUAAUUCUCGUGUUAAUCUGGUAAUAAACAUAUUUAAUGCAUCUAGAUCUGUAUGAUGCAUAAGAUUAAAGUAUUGUUAAUAUUGGAAGGUACGUGCAGGGUCAUGUUCAUAGGACCCCCACAUAAACCCAAGGAUGGAAAUUGGGUUUGAUAAGAAUUUACUGGAAAUCUGAGAAUCUGUAAAACUUUCAAAUUAUCUGAACAGCAACAUCCGUGAAAGCAUAUUAUUGUCUUGCCUCCAAAGCGACUCAUAUAGGAGUUGCCCAGAUUAUAUUUGGUAGGUAAUUUUCCAGAUUGGUAAUAGUGGAUGUUUAAAGUUUGGUAGAUUUCAAGGUAUUUCACCUUUGUAUCAUUAAGUAUCAUUGACAUUUGACAGAUUAAUUUAUAUUUGUCAUUUUACUCUUAAUCUAAUGCAUCUAAUCUUUAUCUUUAUGCAGGUCUUAAUAAAAACAUUUAAAAACAUUUUAUGGUUAAUUAUUUGAAACAGACUUAAUGCCUUCAAUAUUUUAUUUAUUUAUUUUUGUAAAUUGAUAAAUUGAAUCAAUUUAUAUAACAGCAAUGCUAGAAUCUUUUCCAAUUUGAUGGACAUAUGCUAUAUAUCUGGACAUUGCCUUCACUUGUUUCUGUCACCACUAUGUUUUCUGCAAGUUUUAUUGGCUCAUUUUGUCCAUAAACACUGUAAAGUAAAAACUAAUAUUGAAGUAGUUAUUUUUUUCUGAAUGUCCACAACAUCUUUAGUGUACAAUUAAAAAUUGAUAGUGUUUAUACUAUUAGCAUCAUGUAAUUUUGCAUUAAAAUUGGCCAAAAACUAUUACAGUUUCAUUGCUAAAUUGGUCCAUUUUUGGACUGUUUUUAUGCCACCAGUAUCACUUUUGUCAUUUGCAUAUCUGUCAAUUUGACAGCUUUGCUGCCUUGUUUAUGUUGUAAAUUUAUUCUGUAUUAGUUUGUCCUACUUUCUAGCAGCUCCAGUUGUAUGUACAGUGCCAUUGAUAAUGUGUAGAAUAUAUUGUACAUAGUAACGUGAUCAAGAAGUACACUGUUUAAGGUGCACUACAUGAUAAUGGUGUAAUAGUUGCCUUAUAUCACAACUUGUAUUAAAGCUUAUAAAUUAUCUUUUGUAUGAAUCUUGUCAGUGUGUAAUAAAAAGCUUAAGAAAC